AUGUCAUUCCCAUCCAUCUCCCAACCCGGCUUCUUCGUUGGCACACUCUCAGAAUGGAACCCCCAAACCAACAGCAGCAGCAAUCACCUUCAACUUUACAGCCAAGAAAAGAUCCUCAUAGGCCGAGAGCCCCAGCAAUGCCAAAUCGUCGUAAAGAGCCCCGUCGUCUCAAACACACAUAUCGAGAUAUACACGAUCAUUUACGACAGGGAGCAUCCGGACGAGGUCGCCCCGCUGGUAUACGCGCGGAAUCUCUCGAUGAACGGUACGCGCUGGAAUGGGUACUCGAUGGGACAUAAUCGCGAUAGUUUCCUGCUUAGCGACGGUGACGUCCUAAUGCUGCCGUCUGGGGUGCAUGUCCGCUAUAGCUAUGAUGAGGAUACUAGGCCGACGGGGUUUAGGGCGUUGCAGCGGGUUGAGAUGGAUGGUGUGCAGGCUUUCGCAGAUAAGUAUACGAUUACGCAGCGUGUGCUGGGCUCUGGUGCCUACGGGAAGGUCCAUAUGGCGUUUAAUAAGGAGACCGGGCAGCAGCUGGCGUGUAAGAUUAUUGACCUGCGGAGUGUGAGGAAUAAGUUGGCUUUGCAGGAGGGGGAGCAGAUUUCUGGGUACUUCCAGAAACAUGGGCAGCAGAACUCGCAGUCUCAGUGUGGGGUGUUUGCUGUACGGGAGGUGAGACAGCGGUCGAGGGAUCUGCGGCGGAGGUUGGAGGUCUAUGAUCGGGAGGCCAAGAUUUUGGAGGGUCUUAGCCAUCCGAACAUAAUCAGCAUCGAGAAGGUAAUCCGAUCGAGCAGCACGAUUUAUAUCUUCCAGGAUCUGGUAACAGCCGGAGACUUGUUCUCCUACAUACAAUACAAGGGCGGACGACUCUGCGACAUCGAAACGGCAGUCAUAGUGCGACAAGUGCUGAAGGCGCUGGAAUACCUCCACCAGCGGAACAUAGUCCAUCGCGACCUGAAGCCAGACAACAUUCUCAUGACUUCCUUGGAGGAAGGAGGCAGAAUCGUACUCACUGACUUUGGAUGCGCUAGGAUCGUGCAACCCAGGGUAGGACGCAUGUCGACUAUGGUAGGGACUGUUGACUACAGUGCGCCGGAGGUAUUCCAAGGCAGCCGACAAGGCUACACCAAAGCCGUAGACAUGUGGUCCCUAGGCGCCGUGACGUUCACCCUCCUCACCGGACACCCACCGUUCAACGAAACGCUCACAGGCGUGCAACUGGCGCUCAGCAAGUCCAUCGAAUCCGACCUAGCAUUCAGUCAAACGGGUAACAGGGCACGAGACUUCAUCUGCAGACUCCUGCUCUUCGACGAGACAGCACGUAUGGACGUGGAGCAGGCUCUCUCGCACUGCUGGUUCACGAACUGCUCUCACUUAGCCGCUUUCAGAGACGUCUAUCAGCGAUCAACCAAAGGCUGGAAGCCACGGGCGCGGGAGGGGCCGCUGAUAGUUGAUCUGGAGAGUUUUGUCCAGACGGAGGCGAUCCAUGCGAGCAUUGAGGACACUGAGCGUGUCGGGGGAGGGCGUACCGAGACCGGUCGAAUAUCAUCGCUCCUGAGAGAGCCCCUGUCUAAUUCGUCCGAAGACGAGGUAAUAAUUCGUCACGCAGCACCAUCGCCCACACUCUCUGACCUGCUCCUACCACCUGUCUUUAGAGGUGACCCAGACGAAGAGGAGAGCCAUCUAUCAAGCGAUAUAAGCGCAGAGUCGUUCUUUUUCGACGAGACUCCAUACCCACCACAAGGGCAGCAGCCAUCCCAGACACUGUCGGACGUUGAACUCCCUCCACAACGGACAACUGGAGGGUUUGACCGCAGUAUGACAGAGUCAUGGUAUCCCCCGACCAGCCAGGUCGGAUUCGAAUCCGAAUCACAGUACGAGGCAUCUGAGGCGAGACUGACUGAUGAAGAGAGUGAGGAGUCGCAGCCGGACACGGGGUUAGAAGAGGGACCGAUUACCAAGUCGCGGACAUGCGACUCACACGAUAGAUCAUUCCACGAGAAUGAGCCAUCCUUCCAUUUCUGA